AUGAAUUCUUUGCUGGAGAAGGAUGAAUCUCGAGGAAAGAAAGGUAGAACUGAAGAUGGCGUGAUCCAGAUUGAUGGUGAUUUGCAGGCAGAUUGGAAUGACUUAGUUUGGAAAGGCCGUACCAGAUUUUCUUACUUACAAUUCGACAAGAAGGGUGAAACAAAGUUUACACUUCCAACACUUCUCAAGUACACUAGAGAGGAAGUGAACCUUGCCCACUACAUAUUUGCCAAGGAUCUUCCACAAAAGGAAGUCAUGGUUGAAACCAUGAUGCAAUCCUAUACACGAAAGGUGUUGUGGUCCCUCUGCCCUAAGUCUAAUGUCGAUGAUGAUGUAAUUACAGCCAUGGCUUGCCAAUUGAGCCUGGAGGAAGUUUGGAGGGAUGUUGGAGAUGGAAGAGUAGUCUGUUAUCUGCCUGCUGAACUACAAGAAAUGGUAAUUAACUAUGGCAUGACAUCAAAAAAAAGCUCUAGAGUGUUACGGUGCAAAGUUCUUGGCAAGAGCUCACACGUGCAGAAAUGUUUCUUCUUAACAAUUCCUUUCUUGUUUCAUUGA